GAUUGUGAGGUAGGGAAUCGAGAGUUUCUGGAUUCUUUAUCCGGUAGUUUAAGUGCCGCUGGGAAGCUGUCGUUUCUGCAGUGUUUAGAGGAGGCCGGGGCGGGAGGAGCGGCAGUCGCCGUGGCGCGGAGGAACAAGUGGCAUGCUGGUUAUUGGUGUCUUUGAAGUGUGCUCAAUCAUGUCCGACUCUUUGUGACCCCCAUAAACUGCAGCAUGCCUGGCUUCCCUGUCCUUCACUAUCUGCCGGAGCUUGCUCAAACUCAUGUCCAUCAGUGAUGGUGGCAGAUGACAUACAGCAGUGAAGUUAAAUGAAGCAGUCAAGUGAGAAAAGAUGAAUUUCCCAUUAUCAUGUUUUAAAGAGUAAGAAAGUCUGAGUUUUGUGAAAAAAUCAGAAAAGAACUAAGAAGAUAGUCGACAACAACUUUCCGAUUUGCAUAAUAUUUCCUUCAUGGAUACAUUUUCAUAGCAUUAUUAUGUGAUGUGAGAAGUUUUUUUUUUUGUUUUGUUUUGUUUUUUGAAGUAACAUGGAUUUUAUACUACAGAAUCAAGAGAUUGGCUUUAUAGGAAAAAUUGAUUUAUAAAGAGUGGUACAGGUUUUUAUAGAUAACCAUGACAACAUCCCAUAUGAAUGGGCAUGUUACUGAGGAAUCAGACAACGGAAUAAAAAAUGUUGAUCUUGCAUCACCAGAGGAACAUCAGAAGCACCGAGAGAUGGCUGUUGACUGCCCUGGAGAUUUGGGCACCAGGAUGAUGCCGGUGCGUCGAAGUGCACAGCUGGAACGUAUUCGGCAACAACAGGAGGACAUGAGGCGUAGGCGAGAGGAAGAAGGGAAAAAACAAGAACUUGACCUUAAUUCUUCCAUGAGACUUAAGAAACUAGCCCAGAUUCCUCCAAAAACUGGAAUAGAUAACCCUAUAUUUGAUACAGAGGAAGGAAUUGUCUUAGAAAGUCCUCAUUAUGCUGUGAAAAUAUUAGAAGUGGAAGACUUGUUUUCUUCACUUAAACAUAUCCAACAUACUUUGGUAGAUUCUCAGAGCCAGGAGGAUAUUUCACUGCUUUUACAACUUGUACAAAAUAAAGAUUUCCAGAAUGCGUUUAAGAUACACAAUGCUGUCACAGUACACAUGAACAAGGCCAGUCCUCCAUUUCCUCUUAUCUCCAAUGCACAAGAUCUUGCACAGGAGGUACAAACUGUUUUGAAGCCAGUUCCCCAGAAGGAAGGACAAGAAUUAACUGCUCUGCUGAAUGCUCCACAUAUUCAGGCACUUUUACUGGCCCAUGAUAAGGUCGCUGAGCAGGAAAUGCAGCUAGAGCCUAUUGCAGAUGAGAGAGUUUAUGAAAGCGUUGGCCAAUAUGGAGGAGAAACUGUAAAAAUAGUUCGUAUAGAAAAGGCUCGAGAUAUUCCAUUGGGUGCUACAGUUCGUAAUGAAAUGGAUUCUGUCAUCAUUAGUCGGAUAGUUAAAGGGGGUGCUGCAGAAAAAAGUGGUCUGUUACAUGAAGGAGAUGAAGUUCUGGAAAUUAAUGGCAUUGAAAUUCGGGGGAAAGAUGUCAAUGAGGUUUUUGACUUGUUGUCUGAUAUGCAUGGUACUUUGACAUUUGUUCUGAUUCCCAGUCAACAGAUCAAGCCUCCUCCUGCCAAAGAAACAGUAAUCCACGUAAAGGCUCAUUUUGACUACGACCCUUCAGAUGACCCUUAUGUUCCAUGUCGAGAGUUAGGUCUGUCUUUUCAAAAAGGGGAUAUACUUCAUGUAAUCAGCCAAGAAGAUCCAAAUUGGUGGCAGGCCUACAGGGAAGGAGAUGAAGAUAAUCAGCCUCUAGCUGGGCUCGUUCCAGGGAAAAGCUUUCAGCAGCAAAGGGAAGCCAUGAAGCAAACCAUAGAAGAAGAUAAGGAACCAGAAAAAUCAGGAAAACUAUGGUGUGCAAAGAAGAAUAAAAAGAAGAGGAAAAAGGUUUUAUAUAAUGCCAAUAAAAAUGAUGAUUAUGACAAUGAAGAAAUCUUAACUUAUGAGGAAAUGUCACUUUAUCAUCAGCCAGCAAAUAGGAAAAGACCUAUCAUUUUGAUUGGUCCACAGAACUGUGGCCAGAAUGAAUUGCGUCAGAGGCUCAUGAACAAAGAGAAAGACCGCUUUGCAUCUGCAGUUCCUCAUACAACUCGGAAUCGGCGAGACCAUGAAGUAGCUGGUAGAGAUUACCACUUUGUUUCACGGCAGGCGUUUGAGGCAGACAUAGCAGCUGGAAAGUUCAUUGAGCAUGGUGAAUUUGAGAAAAAUUUGUAUGGAACCAGUAUAGAUUCUGUUCGCCAAGUGAUCAACUCUGGCAAAAUAUGUCUUUUAAGUCUUCGUACACAGUCCUUGAAGACUCUACGGAACUCAGACUUGAAACCAUAUAUUAUCUUCAUUGCACCCCCUUCACAAGAAAGACUUCGGGCAUUAUUGGCCAAAGAGGGCAAGAAUCCAAAGCCUGAAGAGUUGAGAGAAAUCAUUGAGAAGACUAGAGAGAUGGAGCAGAACAAUGGCCACUACUUUGACACAGCAAUUGUGAACUCAGAUCUUGAUAAAGCCUAUCAGGAACUGCUUAGGUUGAUUAACAAACUUGAUACUGAACCUCAGUGGGUGCCAUCCACUUGGCUGAGGUGAAGGAAAACAUUCAUUCUGUAGCAGGACUGGACUUGAUCUGGCAAACUGCCCAUAGGAAGAUAGCCCUGAUACUUGAGCAUGUCUCUGAGAAGGUGGCAGGCAGUGUAAACUGUAGACCUGUUCUUAAAUCUUGAACUAGUGAGAAAAAAAUCCCCUUAAGCAAUUUGUUAACAGCAGUCUUUAUUCUCUCUCUGUACCUGGCUUUAGAGGUUCUUGCCUCAGAUGGGGAUUUUAAACGGACGUUUUCAACAGAGCCGUUCUAGUUUAUCCAUGGUAAAAGCCUUUUAAGUCUGUUUUCAUCUAACCAAGUCUUUUCUGCCUAGUCAUAUUUCCACAAAAACGUGUAUAUAUACACAAUGGUCUGUGUUUCACACUGCAAUAAAUAUUAAUGUUAUUUAACAGUUAAUUUAAAUGAUUUCAUGAGAAUUUGGGAAUGAGGGGGAACUGUGCUUCUGUGUACUGGGCAAGACAACAGUAUUUGGUUAGAAGACUGGUUUAGUCAUCAGAACUACUUUACUUUAAAAAAAAAUGGUGCCACUUUGGUCUGGAGCUAUGUUAGCAUUGAAUUCAUUUAUAUGCCUUUUAAUUCUUAAAAACAUUCCAUUAGAAGCACCAAUUUUUUAGCUCGAACUUUGUGGAUCAGACUUCACUGCAGACUCUGAUCUAAAACAUAGACAACAUAUGCUGAUCUUUUUAAAGGUAUAAUGAGCUUUUGAAUUUUUUUCUUAAAUUGUCACAACUGAUUUGGUAACUUCCUUUUCCUGAUCUGCAUAGUACAAUAGAAUGUAAUAGUUAUAUUUUAAUGAAUGGCAGAUAUUCAUAUAAACUGUGUUGAUUAUUAAAAGUUUCUUCCUCAUGAUGCAGCUUUUUACAUACAUGAGAGGACAUAGCACAUUUGACGGUUUUUGCAUUUUAUAUAUGAGCACAGUAUAAUUUGAUGACUGUGUUAUAUAUGUAGGUAAUAAACUGGAAUUCUGUGAUCAAUAUAGCUGCUGUACUGUAUACUAAUAUUUAAUAGGUUGACAAAUGGUCAUUAAUUACAUUGUUCAGCAUUGGAAUAAAAUUAUAUGAGAGAAAUGAUAUGACAGUUGACUUUGAGAUUGGAAGGAAAAGAUGACCUGAAAGUCAUUUGAACAUUUUAGGAAAAGAACACUGCAGGGGAAAAGUUAAGCAUAUAGAAAUAUAGAAAGCAUAUAUAGAAAGGAGUAAAAAGCAUAUAGAAAUAGGGUUUAUCCUCAAAAAGUCUGCCUCUUAUGACCAGAAUGCAACAAGCUAAAUCAUAAAACAUUUAAGCUAAUGGAAUUUUCAUACUGUCUCUAUAGCUUGAAGCUUUAAAAGUCAACUUCUGUAAUUGGCAUGGAAAGUUAAUGUGUAGUCUCUUCCAGGCUUAGGGGAUGGUGUGGUGUGUGACAAAUAACCUCAAAUGUGAAUGUCUUGAUUUUAUUUUUAUGAUGACUACAGCUACAACAAUUCUGUUUCCAAAGCUAAACACUGGAAUAAUAUUGAAUUGUCACUUAUUAACAUAAGCAACUUUUUAAUGAGUAGUUUGUCUUGGUGUCAUGUAUAUAUUUGAGUUUUUCUCUUUUGCAUAAUAUUAUUUGAACAAAUGUAGACUGUUUAUAUGUUGCCUUUUUCUGUUCAACUUUGUGUGGCCUCAAAGUUGGCUGUAGAGUAUGUCUUACCCAGAAAUAAUGUUCCUUAGGAAGAAAGUAACAUUCCUGGGUUGAGGUAAGGAAUGCCAUACAUACUGUCUCUUCAGGUCUGAAACACUCCGGUUUAUGGCAGGAAAAUGCAAAGGUCACAGUGAUUUUCAGCAAUGAAAACAAAGGACUAUAAGUACUAAAUCUUUUCACUUUUCCAAUUUACUUUCUCCUUAGGAAUGAAAGGUAGUCUGUGGAAUUUUGUGAGCUGCUUAGCAUAACUGACAACUGUUUUCAACCCUAAGGUCUAAAGUGUAGUUUCAGUCAAAUUAGAAUUGAGAUUUUAGGUGGUGUCAGUAAGUGGCUACCACGCUAGUCUCCUAGUUAGCCUGCAGACCACAGGGCCACACAAGGGCCACGUGCUGUGGACUCGGGCAUGGCUUUCACAAGCAGAUUCAAGAACCCUACCAAGGCACAUGCCAUGCCAUAAUAUACUCUUAAAAGUCUAAGGUGAUGAGAUAUUUUAGGGGUCAGUGAAAUCUUAUGUAAUUCUCUCCUUCCUCAUCAGCAGUGAUAGAGGAAUAGAAAUGUUUAUGUCCCACACUUUUUUCAGUCCUAGUAAUAUGGAUGUGCUGGUACUCGUCCUAGUUCCUCCAAAGUGAAAACUGAGUUGUUGCUGACUUCUUUGAAAGAAAAUAGAAAAAAACCUUGCUCCCUACCUAGCUGUGCUAUAUACCACUCUGGCCAAUUCCAUUUCCUGGCCUUCUGUGCUUCUGAUUGGAGACCCCAAUGUUGGGGAGGUCUUAACCACUUAACAGGAACCAUACCAAUAGCUAAUGAAAUGCACAUUAGUUCAAAUAAGAAAAUAACCUUCUUUUACUAAAUUUUCUUAAGUCAGAACGAAUAGAAAGGAGAAUAGUUUUUAGAUUAAUCCAGAUUUGCUUUCUGUGAAAAUCUAAUAUCUGGAUUUUUUUUUUUCCUUUUCUCAUGGCCUAAGGAAUAAUUUGAAUGUAAUUUUGUGAAUGUGUGUGGAAAAUAUAAACCAGGGAUUUAGCUUUAAUAAAGGUAACUUUUGACACCUGUUCUUAAUCUUCCUUUGUACUUUGCCUUGCCUGUAUCUGCACUCUUGUUAUUUUGAGAUGUAAUACUGCACAACAUAAUGUAAAAAUAAAAAGUAAAAUUAUGUUUCAAAUUUUAAAA